CUUUGGCAAUCAGUCAAACUUACAUACCAGUUACAUACCUGAUCAAGCCUUCUUCAGCUCGAGUCUGUCAAGCAUAAACCCAAUUCUCAUAUCUGGUACAUAGAUGGCUGAGUAUAGCUAAAGGCUUGAACUGCAUGGGAAAUAAAAGAAGUUUAAAGACAAUGACGGGGACCAAAAGCAAAAGAUGCAAACAUUGCUCUAAAGAUUUGCCUGCAGACCCGGUUAAAAAUGGUACAUAAGCGUUGUCUACCAGCCAAGGAAGCGGCCAAGUGUAAGAGUGUCUGCAACUGCAAGGACUGGUGUGCAUUACUAUCGACUCACACAUUCGAAAGAGAACAUGCUCCCGCACGCUACUUCCAUGUAAUCAAAAAACAUUGUUAACCAGUCUAUUGAUUCGUAUACCAUUCUCAACAUGGGUGCAAGAUAUGCACUCUGAUGCAUCCACAUUACGAAAGUCAGCGUUAUAGCGUGAGGCUUCACGUAUAGUCAACGAAGAAGGAUUUCGCGCAUUCUGGAAGGGGAAUCUGGUCACGGUUGCUCACCGUCUGCCUUACUCGCCCUUUAGUUUCUGUGCAUUUGAACACUACAAGAAUGCUGUUUCUGCAACUGAUAAUGAGAGCCGAGAAUGGUGAGUCGAAUAUAAGCACUGGCUUGUUUAUACGACUAGCUGGUGGUGGAUUGGCUGGGAUAACUGUCGCUUCUGUUACAUACCCGUUGGAUCUUGUACGGACCCGCCUUUCAGCACAGAGAAAUGUUAUAUAUUACAGAGGUAUAUCGCACGCGUUACGCACCAUCAGCAGGGAAGAGGGCAUCUUCGGCCUCUAUAAAGGACUCGGUGCUUGUUUAUUGGGUGUUGGUCCGAAUCUAGCAAUUAGCUUUUCGGUUUAUGACACCGCAGGGUUUCGUGGUAUAUAUAGAGGAAUUUUGCCUGAAUACUAUAAGGUGGUGCCCAGCAUUGGAAUUUUAUUCAUGUCUUGUGAAAUAACGGAGGCGCUUCAGGCGCCGCAUCUCUCCCUCUCUCUCUCUCAACUCCACCCACAUCUUCACAAUCGGCGUCCACACUCCACUCCUCCAUGGCGUGUUCAUGUUCUAACAGGUCAUGUUCGCGUCCUAACUCUUAGCAUGUCUUAUGAUACUCUGGGAUCACUUUGCGUGUUAAUCAUCACAACUGGUCUCAACAGUGUUUGGAACAUACACAAGCUUAACUGA